AUGUUAGGGGCGCUGUUGGUGCAUCCUACAGGACAUGCCCAGCAGGCAGGGGAGCGGCUGUGGGAUGAGAGGAUGAACUCAGAGAUGCAGUGUGAGGCCUCCAGGUACAGACAGCUCCGGAGCACAAACCAAGGAAGUGAUGUCACUGUGGGAACUGCCCUGUGGAGACAAGGACGUCCCUCAUCCCCUGCUCCUGCUCACAGCGACACUGAUCUGGUAAAACCCCCAUCCUGGCCUGACCCUGUUAUGGGCACCAGGCUCCUCUGCUUGGUGGUCCUGGGUUUCCUAGGGACAGAUCACACAGGUGCUGGAGUCUCCCAGUCCCCAAGGUACAAAGUCACAAAGAGGGGACAGGAUGUAGCUCUCAGGUGUGAUCCAAUUUCAGGUCAUGCAACCCUUUAUUGGUAUCAACAGGCCCUGGGGCAGGGCCCAGAGUUUCUGACUUAUUUCAAUUAUGAAGCUCAACAAGACAAAUCAGGGCUGCCCAAUGAUCGGUUCUCUGCAAAGAGGCCUGAGGGAUCCGUCUCCACUCUGAGGAUCCAGUGCACAGAGCAGCGGGACUCGGCCGUGUAUAUCUGUGCCAGUGGCUUAGCCACAGCGUGGCACAGUCGCCUCCUUCCUGUUCACAAACCUCAUCCUUCUCUCUCUUUGCAGCUCCCAGAGAUCCUUAACAGAGGCCUCUCUUUGAUCCUCACUUUUCAUGGGAAAGAAGUAGAUUUGGACAAAUGUAGGUGGUGA